AAACUCCAAAUCCUUUGUUACGGGUGUUUGCCACUUUCAAGAUGUGGGGAAGAACUCUCCCUGGUUUUACAAUUCAUACCUGGAGGUCGCCCCAUUGGCUGCUGAGCGUGCCCUGCCCUGUUAUGUAUUCUGUCCCAAUCAAUGGUUCCUUUAAAAAUUCCAGCAGCAGAGAAGAGAACGUCCUAAACUUAUUACGUCUGGGAUUAAUUGACCUUACGAAAGGGCAGAACAUUUUGUUGCUGAAUUUUAAAAGGGACCAGCUGGUAAAGCGACACACGACAGUUACUUGCCCGCUCUUUAUUUAUGGUUCUUCUACGGCUCACUUUAGGACAGCGAAGAUUUUGCGCUGUAACUGGAGAAGAAAUGGUGAGUUCUCCUCUGCAAAUAGUUAGCCUGGUCCUGGCGGUCAUUGGCUUGGUCGGGACGUGUGCAGUGACAGGGCUGCCCCAGUGGAGCGUGACCGCCUUCAUCGGGAGCAAGCUGGUGGUCUUUGAGAGGAACUGUGAGGGUUUAUGGAUGAGCUGCGUCCAGCAGGCAACUUUCCGAAUGCAGUGCAAGUUCUACGACUCGUUCCUGAUCCUGAGGCCGGAGCUGCAGGCUGGCCGGGCGCUGAUGUGCACUGCUGUGGCGCUGGCUUUCCUGAGCAUCCUCGUGGCCGCCAUGGGAAUGAAAUGUACUCGCGGUGGGAUUCCGGAUGAACAGGUAAAGAGCCGCCUGUUGAUAGGCGCUGGCGUUCUGCUGAUCCUCACAGGAAUUGUCGUCCUGAUCCCCGUUUCUUGGACCGCCAACAUAAUCAUUCGGAAUUUCUACAACCCGCUGGUUUUGGAAGCAAGGAAACGUGAACUUGGCGAAGCCCUGUACCUGGGCUGGGCGACUGCCGGCUUCCUGCUGGCUGCUGGGGUCAUCCUUUGCUGUUCAUGUGUCAACGGACAGAAAAGGAGUUACAGUUAUCGACCUGGGCAACAGGGGAAACAGCCCCCAAAACAGACAACAAAGAAAAUUCCCAGCAUGUACUCCAAAAGCGAAUUUGUCUAAAUCAAUCGAGAAUCGCGGUGCUUCAGAAACUUGUCAGGCCAAAGGAAAGAACCUACGGAUGGUUUAAAGCGGUAACCAAAUGGAGACAAGCAUCCUCCCAGCAGGAUUCGCGGUGAAAUGUUGGCUUUGUAUCCUUUCUGUUGUUAUCACUUAUAAAACUUAAUCUAUAUUUUAUGAUCUUUGUACAGCAUCUCUAAAGCAGUUUGAUGGACUUUUUUUUAUCAAAGUUUAUUUUAAAAAUUAAAGUGUGUAUUUAAUCAAAUGUUUUAAUAUUUGCUCAGAGUGUAGCUCUGCGAUAAUUUCCCAGUGAUUUCGUUUUUUAAAAAUGACAUACAUAUUCUUGCAAAUCGGUUAUGGUUCAAUGGGAUACCCAUUGUUGCUUUGAUACAACUGGAGAUGUUUUAGAAGCAACACAUAGCCUUAAGGUAUUCUAUCAAUUGAAUAUACUGAUGUUUCAAAGGUUAUUCUUAAACAUUAAGUUUUUAUUUGAAAUGUUUCUGUGAAUAAAGCUUAUACAAAUGG